AUGCGGGUGGGGAGGGGUCACACCUGGCCAGAGAGGUCAUGCAGGCGCGGAGGGGUCACUGGCCAGCGAGGUCAUGCAGGCGCGGAGGGUCACCUGGCCAGCGAGGUCAUGCAGGCGAGGAUGCAGGCGCGGAGGGGUCACAGGUCACAGGGGUCACCUGGCCAGCGAGGUCAUGCAGGCGCGGAGGGUCACCUGGCCAGCGAGGUCAUGCAGGCAGGGGUCACUGGCCAGCGAGGUCAUGCAGGCGGGAGGGUCACCUGGCCAGCGAGGUCAUGCAGGCGCGGAGGGGUCACCUGGCCAGCGAGGUGCAGCGGAGGGGUCACCUGGCAGCGAGGUCAUGCAGGCGCGGAGGGGUCACCUGGCCAGCGAGGUCAUGCAGUCACCUGGCCAGCGAGGUCAUGCAGGUCACCUGGCCAGCGAGGUCAUGCAGGCGCGGAGGGGUCACCUGGCCAGCGAGGUCAUGCAGGCGCGGAGGGGUCACCUGGCCAGCGAGGUCAUGCAGGCGCGAGGGAGGCGAGGUCAUGCAGGCGCUCACCGGCAACCGAGGUCAUGCAGGCGGGCAGGAGAGCCCAGCACGGCCUGGCACUGCCUCCGCCUUACGUCAAGAGGCCGUGUCAGGGCGAGUGA